AUGGGAAGGUUAGACGAGCUUCGGCAGUUUAAUUUGAUCAAAUGGCUCAGAGAAGAGCGACAGUCGAGGAAACUGAUUCUCUUCAUCGUUUUCGUCGCUCUACUGCUGGACAACAUGUUGCUGACUGUAGUCGUUCCCAUCAUCCCCAGCUACCUGUACAAUCUGGAUGAGACGGCAGAUGUGGUGUUGAAGAACAACAGCCUGAUGCAGCAGGAUUCUCCACGAGCCUUCCACAGCAUUGUGUCCCUAUAUGACAACACUGUGAGGUUGUCAGGCUCCAACGCCACAGCCAGAUCUACUGAUCUGGUCCCUACCACCCCUGCUGCUGCGGAACUGCCACAGAACUCCUCUGACUGCCCCCAGUCCACAAGCAAACUGCUCAACGAGAACGUCAAAGUGGGAAUGCUGUUUGCAUCCAAGGCCACUGUACAGCUCCUCACCAACCCCUUUAUAGGCCCACUGACAAAUAGAAUUGGAUACCAACUUCCCAUAUUUGCCGGCUUCUGUAUCAUGUUCCUCUCCACCAUCAUGUUCGCCUUUUCAUCGAGCUACGCUCUGCUGUUUCUGGCCAGAUCGCUUCAAGGUGUAGGCUCCUCCUGCUCCUCUGUGGCAGGGAUGGGAAUGCUUGCUAGUGUGUACACGAAUGACGAGGAGAGAGGUCAUGCAAUCGGCAUUGCCCUGGGAGGUCUAGCACUGGGAGUGUUGGUUGGACCCCCGUUCGGCAGUGUGAUGUACGAGUUUGUGGGGAAGACUGCUCCUUUCCUUAUCCUGGCAUUCCUGGCUGUGUUUGAUGGAGCUCUGCAGCUGUUUGUCCUUCAGCCGACCAAGGUUGAACCAGAGAGUCAGAAGGGGACACCACUGCUGACCCUGAUGAAGGAUCCAUACAUUCUGAUCGCAGCAGGUGCCAUUUGUUUUGGAAAUAUGGCCAUAGCCAUGAUGGAGCCAACACUGCCGAUCUGGAUGAUGGAGACCAUGUGUGCCAGGAAAUGGCAGCUAGGCGUCGCUUUCUUACCAGCGUCCAUCUCCUAUCUUAUUGGAACCAACAUCUUCGGCACAUUGGCACACAAGAUGGGGAGAUGGCUUUGUGCUCUGAUUGGAAUGGUGGUGGUUGGGAUCAGUGUAAUAUGUGUUCCAUUUGCUGGAGACAUCUAUGGUCUGAUUCUUCCAAACUUUGGUGUCGGCUUUGCCAUUGGCAUGGUGGACUCCUCCAUGAUGCCUAUAAUGGGUUACCUGGUGGACCUGCGGCAUGUGUCUGUGUAUGGAAGUGUGUAUGCCAUUGCUGAUGUGGCCUUCUGCAUGGGCUUUGCUUUAGGUCCGUCUAUAGGAGGAUCCAUAGCUGAGAGUAUCGGCUUCCCCUGGCUCAUGACCAUCAUUGGAGUAGUGGAUAUUUUCUUUGCUCCACUUUGCCUCUUUCUCAGGAAUCCACCAGGUCAAGAAGAGAAAAUUGCCAUUUUGAUGGACUCCAACUGCUCAAUGAAGACGAUGUCCUACUCCACACAAGGGACAUGUUAUCAGGGUGAAAACAUGGAUCCAGAAUAUGAUGACUAUGAUUAG